GCGAUCGGGCGAUGCGGUGACGUGCGGGUUUCGGGGCGGUGGUAUUGGCGGGAGCGGGGUGACGGGCGAUGUGGCGCGCGCUGUGCUCGAUUCCGGGGACUACGGUUGGCAGGUUGGUCCUACGCGCUCCCACCCCGCUACUGCCCGUCGGCUGUAACUCCUCAUCCAUUUCAUCUGGUCCCAGCCUGAGGGCCCAGGAGUAUCUUUCUGUGCUGGAUGUUUUCAUGCCAUUGCGUAGUGGAAAGAGAAGUACCACAGCUAUGCCUGAAGUAAAUACAGAUAAUCUUGAUGAGCAGCAGGUGAAGCUUUUGGCAGAGAUGUGUAUCCUUAUUGAUGAAAAUGACAAGAAGAUUGGUGCAGAUACCAAGAAAAACUGCCAUCUGAAUGAAAACAUUGAUAAAGGAUUAUUGCACCGAGCUUUCAGUGUUUUUUUAUUCAAUACAGAAGAUAAGUUGCUAUUGCAGCAGAGAUCAGAUGCUAAAAUUACUUUUCCAGAUUGUUUUACCAACACUUGUUGCAGCCAUCCACUGAGCACCCCACUAGAACUGCAAGAAAAUAAUGCCCAUGGUGUUCGGCGAGCAGCACAGAGGCGAUUAAGAGAAGAGUUAGGCAUUCCCUUGGAACAGGUAACUCCAGAAGAAAUCUUCUAUCUAACGCGAAUUCACUACAAGGCCCGCUCUGAUGGGAUCUGGGGAGAACAUGAAAUUGAUUACAUCUUGUUUGUGCAGAAGAAUGUAACGCUGAAUCCUGAUCCAAAUGAGAUCAAAAGCUACUGUUAUGUGACACAGGAAGAACUAAAACAACUCUUGGAAAAAGCAUCAAAAAAUGAAAUCAAGAUUACUCCUUGGUUCAAAUUAAUUGCAGAGACUUUUCUUUUUAAAUGGUGGGAUAACCUGCAUAAUUUAAAUAGAUUUGUGGAUCAUGAAAAAAUACACAGAAUGUAAAAAGCUCUAAGUGA